GUCUCUCCCUACUCCGCCGUCGCCCGUCGCGCUCAUCUUGGACAACAUGUCUUAACUUUCUGCCUACAUAGUAGGAAGAUAAGCAGCCUCCAAGGUCUUCUCAGAAGCAAUGCCAUCAAUCCUCGGACAACUUUAUCGUACAAGCUGGAUCUAAGAUCUAUGCUCUUCCUGGUACAUCCUCGAGUUGUGCGCACACUUGAAAGCAGCCUCGACAUCGACACCUCUAUACUUAACAAACGUCUAAACCCUUGUGACUUGACCAUUGCUAUAAGCACUCCGGGGAUAUGAAUGAUAUCGAUGGGCGGGAAUGUUUACGUUCGCCACUCUGCGUCCUGCGCUGUCCUGGGAAGGGAGCUAGAGAUAAGGACCGUGUAUCGGGCUAGUUUCGGAAGACCGCUCUCACUACUAGUAACCAAUCGUCGAUGAUGUCGAUGAUGCCGGAGGCGCUUCGAGUAGCCAAGAAAAUCGACUGGAAGAUAAAGGAUGUCGUCUGCCUCUACAUCCAUUCUUCCCCAAGGCGCAGGGUAUGGAGUUGUUGUGGGAAUCGGUCUCUUCUUCAGCGCCCUGAUGAUAGGACUGUCGGCCAUUCAAGCGAGAUACACUGCGUUUUCACCGAAGACAUCAGAAGAAUUCAGUAGCGCCUCACGUAGCGUCAAGCCUGGUCUGAUUGCUUCCGGUAUCGUAUCAGCUUGGACAUGGGCUGCGACUCUGCUUCAAUCUAGCGCUGUGGCGUAUAAGUACGGUAUCAGCGGACCUUGGUGGUAUGGGGCUGGUGCCACAGUCCAAGUCCUUCUAUUUGCCCAGCUCGCAGCAAAGCUGAAGCUCAACGCUCCAUUCGCACACACUUGGCUUGAGAUUGUCGCUGCUCGCUGGGGAACAGCAGCUCAUCUCGUCUUCAUGUUCUUCGGACUUGCCACGAAUAUUAUCGUGUCGUCUAUGCUUAUUCUUGGAGGCUCUGCGACCGUCACAGACCUCACGGGUAUGAGUACGAUUGCGGCGUGUUUCCUCAUCCCUCUAGGUGUGGCGAUCUAUGUUGUAGUCGGCGGAAUGCGUGCCACACUGCUUUGUGACUACACUCACACGACAGUCCUCUUCGCCAUCAUUCUCACCUUCGUCUUCACCGUCUACGCCACAUCCCCCAAAAUCGGUUCUCCUGCAAAAAUGCACGAACUCCUCGAGGCUGCUGCUGCCGCCUCCCCCGUAUCUGGAAACGCACACGGGUCUUACAUGACGAUGCGCUCCAAAAAUGGCCUUAUCUUCGGUGUGAUCAACGUCAUUGGGAACUUUGCGACUGUGUUCCAAGAUCAGGCGUACUGGCAGAGGGCGAUCGCGAGUAAACCCGCGAGUUGCGUGAAGGCUUACUUGCUUGGUGGACUUGCUUGGUUCGCCAUCCCGUUCUCAUUCGCCACAACUCUCGGUCUCGCUGCCGUCGCUCUCAGAAACGACCCAGACAUGCCCGCCCUCUCCGCUGCUGACGUCUCUGCUGGUCUCCCAGCAGCUGCUGCCGCCUCUGCCCUUCUCGGAAAGGCCGGUGCCGCUGCUCUCUUGGUCCUGUUGUUCUUGGCCGUCACCUCCGCGGCUUCUGCGGAGCUGAUUGCUGUCUCCUCGGUGUUGACAUAUGAUGUAUACAAGAGGUACAUCAACCCACAUGCGACUGAGACACAGACCUUGAGGAUGUCGCACGCAAUGGUUGCGUUCUUUGCCAUCGUCAUGGGCCUUGCUGGUACCAUCUUCUUCUAUAUCGGUGUUAGCAUGGGCUGGCUCUACACAUUCAUGGGUGUUAUCCUCGGCUCUGCCGUUGUUCCCAUCGCCAUCUGUAUCACAUGGUCGAAAGCUAACAAACGGGGCUGCAUCAUCGGUUCGAUCGUUGGUUUCGCGACUGGGAUCAUCGCGUGGCUAGUGACCACUAGCACACUAAACGGAGCAGUGAUCAAUGUCACGACUACUGGCGGUGAUUAUGAGAUGUUGGCGGGUAACUUGGCCUCGAUUGGCGUUGGAGCCAUUAUUGCCACCGUAUCGUCGCUCAUCUGGCCAGACAACUACGACUUUGGAUCCACCCGCGCCCUCAACAACCCUCUCAUGCACUCUCAAAACCACACCAGCCAAAACACAGUCAACGACUCGCCACUCCCUGAGGACGAGAAACGCGACCGGGCGAAUACCGACGAGAAAGACGACACCGUUGCUGAUACGCGUUCCGCGUCUGACGAGCCUAUCGUUCCGCUUGUGGAUGUCAGCGACCUUGAUCCUGUGGCGUUGAAGAAGGCGUUCAAGUUUGCUGCUUGGAGUUCUGUGGCAUUGGUCCUCGUAAUGCUCAUCAUAAUCCCCUUCCCCCUCUUCUUCGCCCAAACAAUCUAUGGAGUCCGCGGUCUCUCCGCUUGGGUCGUCAUCGGCAUCAUCUGGUGUUUCAUCUCUGCGUUCUCAGUAGUUAUGUAUCCUCUGUGGGAGAGCAGGGAAGCAUUGGGUCAGAUCUCCAGGGGGAUUAUCAAGGACGUGUUCUCGAAGGGAAGUGGGAAGUAUGUCGCGCCGGAAACUUCGGCUGCAUGA